GGUUAGGAGAAGGUGAUCAAUCUCCAUCCGUCUACAUUAGCAAUCACCUUAAACUAGUGACAGACACGAACGAGAAAGCCAAAGCAGAUGAGUUUAAUGUACUUGGUUUUAAACCCCGGGAACACACUCUGAAUAGACUACAAGAAGUCCAGCUAAAGGCCAGACACGUGCGCUAUAUCAACAUUGCUGCAUAUCUGCAGCUUUGAGGAGAGUUUUAGACGACAUUUAUUUGGUGAGGUUCCGAGGUCGGUUUGCCUUCCUGAACUCUUGCAUUGGUGGAUAUUUUUUAUCGUCUGUUCAGACUGCAAAAAAAAAUAAAAAAUCAGAAGAGAAGGACGGAGGGUUCUGAAAAAAGUAACUUAAAUUGGGUCCGUCCUUCGUCAAACUGCAACAUCGGGGGAAAUCGAACUAUUGGCAAGAUCUGGGGGGACCCGUGACUGCCUCUAGCAUGAUGUCAUACCUCAAACAGCCCCCCUACGCCAUGAACGGCCUGGGGCUGAGCGGCGCAGCCAUGGACCUACUGCACCCGUCGGUCGGAUACCCAGCAACGCCCAGAAAGCAGAGGCGGGAAAGAACGACGUUUACGCGCUCACAGCUUGACAUUCUCGAAUCGCUCUUUGCCAAAACUCGUUACCCGGACAUAUUUAUGAGAGAGGAGGUGGCACUGAAGAUCAACCUUCCCGAGUCCAGAGUUCAGGUGUGGUUUAAGAACCGUCGCGCUAAAUGUCGUCAGCAGCAGCAGAGUGGCAGCAGCACAAAAGCUCGGCCCGCAAAGAAGAAAUCCUCACCCACCAGGGAGAGCACGGGCUCAGAGAGCAGCGGCCAGUUUACCCCUCCUGCUGUCUCCAGCGCUGGCUCUUCCUCCUCCUCCUCUUCCUCAACCAAUAACACAGGCAUCAGUAGCACCUCUACCUCUAUCAGUACUGUCUCCUCAAUCUGGAGCCCUGCCAUUUCUCCAGGCUCUGCACCCCCGUCUGUCUCCCUGCCGGAGCCCGUCGCUCCCUCAAACACCUCCUGCAUGCAGCGCUCCGUCUCAGGCACUGCUGGCUCCUCCUACCCCAUGCCCUACAACCAGACCACUGGCUACAGCCAGGGCUACCCGGCUCCUUCCGGUUCUUACUUCAGCGGAGUGGACUGUGGCUCCUAUCUGGCCCCCAUGCACACUCACCACCACCCUCAUCAGCUCAGCCCCAUGACGGCGUCGUCCAUGCCCACGCACCCCCACCACCACAUCAGUCAGUCCUCAGGACAUCACCACCACCAUCAUCACCAGGCCUACAGUGGCACUGGCCUGGCCUUCAAUUCUUCUGACUGCCUGGAUUACAAGGAGCAAACAGCCUCCUCCUGGAAGCUCAACUUCAACACUACAGACUGUUUGGACUACAAAGACCAAGCGUCCUGGAGGUUCCAAGUCUUGUGAUCUGAAUUUUUUUUUUUAAAUGCCCUCCAUUUUCACCAUCUCUGUUUUAAUAGUGUGCUGAGUUUAAGGGAAAAAAUAUAUAUAUGGACUUGCAGAUUUUAACAAAAUAGUUAGAUGUUCGUCACAUUUUUAAAAGUUAGCCCCCUUUUUUUUUUAGAGAGAAAAGAAAGGGGGAAAGCGGCAAAGUUGUGGAGGGAAAUGAAAGCUAGUUUUCCCCUUUUUGUUUAUGAAGAGAAUUCGAUUUCCUCGACGACCCAGAGUUCUGGUUCUGAAGUGUUCUGCGGACUCGCGUCACUCUCCUGCCUGAUCUGGAUUACCGUUUUUCUACACAGGACACUGAACGCUCAGCGACCGCUUUACCUCCACCUCUCAAACCCUGUACAGCUGUUUCGUUUUCUAAAUAUGGUUAUUUUUUAGGAUGACAGAUUCUAGUCAGCUUAACGGAGCUGAAUUGUGUACAUAUGUAUUUGGGUCAGUUACAUUGACCAUAUUUAGUUGGUGUUACUGGAUUUCAAAUGGUUUAAUAAGACUUUGAAACGACUUUAUGUAAAUCUUUUUCCCAAAUAAUCCAAAGAUCAAGAAUUGGCCGCUGUACUUAUUUGAUAUACUGAACCAUUUUUUGUUACCCUGAAAAAAAAUAAAUAAAUAGGAUUUUAUAUUGAACACCGUGUGGAAAAAAUUAAAAUUUAGAAAAAAAGAAUCUUAAUUAUACGUUGGACAUUUUUAGAGCUGGGGGUGGGGGGAUAUUUGGCUGUGAUAUUCCAUUAGGUAAACCUAGCAUUUGAAGAUUUGUUGCGGUGAAGGAGCACGGGCAUGAUUAAAAUUGUUGGAUGCAUUUAACAGCACUUGACUUAAUUGCUCUAACCGAAAAAGAAAAAAAAACAUGUGGAUGAUGAAAUGUGGUUUAAGGAAGAAUUCCCAAAUGCCAGUGAAAAGCCGAAUGUACUGCAGGCGCAGAUCAUUACAUUCAUGUCCGUAAUAAAGAUCAGUUAACUACCAAACUUUCACAUGACUUCUGACUGGGGUAUGUCAAAUUUUAACAUCCAACAUUUACUUUCGUGUUGCAAAUGUUUUCAACUCUCAACGAACGUAUAAAUAAAUAAAAAAUACAAUAAACGCACCUCAAUUUUAUUUAUUUGGU